AUGUCGGGACCACUCGAUGCGAGGAGCCAAAAGCCAUGUGUCGCCAUUGUGGGCGCUGGUUUUGCAGGCUUAAGAGCUGCCGAAGUGCUAUUGAAACAUGGGUGUACAGUCGCGAUUUUCGAGGCAAGGAAUCGAGUGGGUGGAAGGUUAUGUCAAGCUCGAGUCGGUCCUCAUCUUGUGGAUAUGGGUCCUAAUUGGGUUCAUGGCACGCAGGACAAUCCCGUUUUUGAACUCCUGAAAAGCACAGGGACGCUGACGCACAACUUGCCUGAUGAUGAGAUCACGUUUGCACCGAAUGGUACCCUCUUGUGCGAAGACGAGGCAGAAUAUCUCAACGACUCCAGUGCAGAGAUCGACGCAAAUUUGAGUUUGCUGGACUACAUAAAACAGAAUGUGGAGGAGAAAGUUAAAGAUUACCUCGAUGACAAGAUCAAAGGACAGGACGACGAGGCCAAUGUUGAAAGACUCAAAGAUCUCGUGGUCAAGCUCGCGGAGUUGUGGGGAGGAUACACUGGAGCUACCCCGUGCCAGCAGUCUUUGAGAUUUCUAUGGCUGGAGGAAUGUCUUGAAGAGGAGACUCUGUUCUGCGCAGGUACUCAUGCGAAAGUACUUGACAUUGUGUCAAAAGCUGCGCUGGAUGGUGCCGAUGUCAAAUUCGGACACAUCGUGAAUAGGAUAUGUUCGAGGUCACAGAAAGGGGGAAAGGUCACUGUGGAAACACGUGAUGGUGGCAAAGAGGACUUUGACGAGGUGGUCGUAACAUGCCCACUAGGCUGGCUCAAAAAAAACACUAACAUGUUCCAACCUGAGCUUCCACCGCGCAUCAGUCAAGCUGUGGCAAAUCUGGGAUAUGGUAAACUCGAUAAAGUAUAUAUCACAUUUCAGCAGGCUUGGUGGGAGAAGAUGAAAGAGCCGUCCGCCACAGCCGGGCCAACCGCUGGUUCGGAUUCACGUCUGUCUCAAAAGGUCGAAAAGGGCCACUAUCCUACCUACACAACAUUUAUUACUCCCAAUUAUGCUCAGGAGACGAAUCCCGAAAACCUGUACCAGGAUUGCAUCAAUCUAGCCGCUCUACCGAAGGGGACAGAACAUCCAACCCUGCUCUUCUAUACCUCAGGAUCGACCUCAGAUUACGUAGCUGAGAUAAUGAGCAGGUCCCGAUCAUCCUCUACUUCAGAUACUUCUAGUUCCCCUCUUGCGGCCGAUCUCUGGCAGAUCUUCGAGCCAUAUGUGUCCCGUCUACCUAACUACAAGGCUGGCCAAGGAGAUUGUAUACCUGUGGACAUUCUCGCAACUGGGUGGACGAGUGACGAAUUUGCGGGCUUUGGGUCGUAUACCGGCUUUCCAGUUGGUUCCACGGACUGUGAUAAGGAUAUCGAGGCUCUUAGAGAUGGAGUGGGGCUAGUUGAACGAGGCGUUUGGCUUGCUGGUGAGCACACUGCGCCAUUUGAAUUUUCUGCAACAAUUACAGGUGCUUAUAUAUCUGGCGAGAAGGUUGCUGAAAGAAUUCUUGAUGCUUGGAGCUUAAAGGACAAGCAGUAG